UGUCUGGGCGGGUAAUCCGGGACGUUGGAUGCGAAUCGGACGUUCCAAAAUAAGCGACCGAUUUCUCUUGGCGUGCACUCAUGGUAAACCCCGGACGAAACAUUGGCGCGCCCAGACGCCGAGAGCCUCCCCCUACCAUUAGCCUUUCGCUCCCCACCAGCUUCGCCGCGCCGCCGCCGCGGUGUGAUGCGACGGCGAGGGCGGUGGCCGUUUGAUGCGCCCUUCUCCCACCACCACCGCCGCCGCCGCCUCGCUCUCCAGGCAGCAACUCCUCCGCAUCCAGCGCUGCCUCCCACCCGUUUGGAGAAACGCCGCACCUGCCCAAGAACCGCCGCCGCCCGCCUCGUCCUUCUCCCCCUCCUCCCUCUCGUCCAUUCUCCUCUCCUGUGCCGCGCACCGCGCGCUCCGCCCCGGCGAGCAGGUGCACGCGCGCGCCGUCACGCUCGGCCUGCCCGCGCACCCUUCCGUCCUCCCCAGGAUCGCCUCCUUGUACAUAGCCGUCGGCGGCAUCCCGGCCGCGCGUUCCGCCGUCGAGCAGGCGGCUGGGAAGGCGCGAGCUUUCCCCUGGAACCUGCUCAUAUGGAGCUACGCCGGCGACAGGCUGUGGAAAGACGUGGUCAUGGCGUAUGACAGGAUGCUGGCGCUGGGCGUGGACGCCGACAGGUACACGUAUCCGUCUCUGCUGCGCGCUUGCGGCGAGCUCGGAGAGGUCACCAUUGGCCGCAAGAUUGACCACCGUAUUCGGAGGAGUAGAUAUGAUCUGGACAUGUAUGUCUGGAACGCUUUGGUCGGGAUGUAUGUCAAGUGCGGGGAGCUAGAGGAUGCGCAGAGGGUGUUUGAUGAAAUGUCUGUCAGGGAUGUUGUCAGCUGGAACACAAUGGUGUCUGGCUAUGCAUCGGCGGGGAUGUGGGCCGAGGCGUUUCAGCUGCUUCAGCGGGUUCCUGGGGCAAACAUCGUGACGUGGAAUGCAGUUGCAGCAGGGAAUUUGAAGGCAGGGAACUAUGAUGAAGUGAUCAGGUUGUUGUCUCAGAUGAGGAAUCGCCACGGGCCAGGGGUGGACUCUGUGAGCGUGCUGAUUGGCCUCAAGGCGUGUGCUAAGAGUGGGUAUCUGAGGAUUGGCAGGGAGUUGCAUGGGGUGGCUGUUCGUCUAUACUUUGAAAGGCUCGAGUGUGUGGUAAACUCGUUGAUAACAAUGUAUUCAAGAUGCAGGAUGAUGAGCUCUGCUGUACUUCUGUUUACAAUGUGCUCAAUUCGGAGCAUCACAGCUUGGAAUUCAUUGUUAGCAGGAUUUGCAUUCAUGGACCAGGUUGAGGAAGCUUCUUUGCUCUUUAGAGAGAUGAUUGGCUCAGGGGUCUGUCCAAAUGAUGUUACUGUCUUGACAAUGCUCUCCCUUGUUGCACGGUUUGGACACCUCUGUCAUGGAAGGGAGCUGCACUGCUACAUCCUUAGACAUGGAUUGGGUGGUUCUAAAUUAUUGCAAAACUCACUUGUCGACAUGUACUCAAAGUCUAGACACAUGAGAGCUUCACGGAUAGUAUUUGAUCGGAUGGAAUGUCGAGACAAGCAUGCCUACACUUCAUUGAUUUUGGGAUAUGGAAUGCAAAGAGAGGGCCAUCUAUCACUGAAGCUCUUUGAUGAAAUGAUCGCCAACAGUAUAGAGCCCGACCAUGUAACCAUGGUUGCUGUUCUUUCAGCAUGUAGCUACUCUGGACUGGUCACUCAAGGGCAGCUACUAUUUGCCAAGAUGUUUGCUGUGUUUGGCAUUGCACCCAGAGUGGAGCAUUUUUCUUGCAUGGUUGAUUUGUACAGCCGUGAAGGUUUGCUGAAGGUGUCCGAGGAGAUAAUUGACAAGAUGCCGUUCCAGCCAACUGCUGCAAUGUUAGCGACUCUUAUUGAGGCUUGCCUGAUCCAUGGUAAUACAGAAAUUGGCAAACGAACUGCAAAGAAGCUGCUGGCAAUGAGGACAGACAAUCCUGGCCACUACAAAUUGAUCUCAAACACGUAUAUAUCAGCAAAAUGUUGGCCAGAGCUAGCUAAAGUUAGAUCAUUGAUGAGUAUGAUGGAUUUAACUAUGGUUCCAAGCCAUUCCUUGCUAGAAUCAGAAUAUGACAUAUGCCUAGUUGAGCAAGAUGAUGGCUUAAAUCAUGGUGCAUAUUGUGACUUGUCUGACCGCAUAACGGAUACUGAUUCGUCUAGUUGUGAGGAAGUGAAAAGCAGUGAAGCUUUCGGUGGAUAAUAGUUGGUUCUUCUUGGACCAUCUUCCUGUUAAGGCCAAGGUUUCCAGAGGUAACAUAUUGAUUUACAAACUGAUACUACCACAUCUUAUGACAUAGAAUUUUUUUUUUGCAUGCAUGCUCACAUUGAACUACUAGCUGGAAAUUAUUUUUGCAUGCCGUAUUAACGCACUGGGCAUUUGUAUCUCUUUUCCCAGCUUGAAACACUACAAUGACCGUAUAUUUGGAAUUUUAGUUGACUCCCUUAUUUGGGGAGUGAUCUGCAAAGAAGCUGAUGACAAUGAGGACAAACAAUACCGAUCACUAAAAAUUGACCUCAAACACUUAUACAUUAGCAAACUUUUUGCCAGAGCCAUCUUAAAGUUAGAGCAUUAAUCAGUAUGUUGAAGCCAAUUAUGGUCCCAAGUCAUUCCUUGCUAGAACCGGAAUUUGAUAUAUGCCCUAGCUGAGCAAGAUGAUUGCUUAAGCAUGGUAUGCAUCGUGGCUUGUUUGACCACAUUACAGGUACUGAUCCCUCUAUUAGAGAGGAAAUGAAGUGCAGUGAAGCUUUUGGUGGAUGCUCUUCUCAGACCAUGUUAACUUCUUAAAGAUUUUGCGAUGGUAUGCUUUCUUCAUAGGCUCCAGUCACCCUAGAAGUAAUGUCAUGAACUGUAAGCCAUGCGGUGAUUUAAGAGUUGGUGAAGCUGUAAAAUGUAUUAUAUAUGGGAAGGAGGCUUCCAGCCUAUGAUGGUCGGAAGAGCAUAUACAUGGCUGAUCCAUUGUCAUUUACUAAAGAAAAUAUCACAUCACUUGAUGAAGAUGUUGAUUCUGAUUUGGAGAGGUCUGCCCUUGAGACUUGCACAUCAACAUCAUUUGAUGGGUAGGGAGAAGCAUAAUAUAUUGACAGUACUGAUGGUCUUUUCUAUGAUCUAGGAGUCAGCGAACUGCAAAGGCAGUGAUUAAGUUCGCUGCAACAGCUGAUCUGCACCGUCUUGAGCAAAUUUUAGCUGGAGGAGGUAGGGGAUCAAAAAGCCUUGGAAGGUCUUGAUAUUGUCCUGCAUUAGCUGCCAGCAGCAAGGCACACACCGUUUGGUUGAUCCCUUUUCUUGCCUAACCUGGAGAGGAUACGAGGUGAAGGAUUAGAAAUCUGUGUGGGUUUAAUCAGAUCAUUCCGUCCUACUAAAAUAGGCCUUGUCAGUAUAUGCUGUAAAAAAUUCAAAGUUUCCCUUGGGUAUGUAUGUAUGCAAUACACUGUGAAGCCAGGGAGCCUGCAAUGAAAUUGCUGCAUUUUCAUACGCA